GUCAACUUAAAGCACAAAUCCUGGGCUAUGGGUGACGCCGGGCUUGGUCCCACCACGAAUGCAGCGGAUCAGGAGAAGGCCAGUGGGCUCAAAGAGUCUGGUACCAAAGUGACCGCGGAGGGAGAUUCCAAGACCCUGGACUCCUUCCCAGCAUGCCUCGUGAGCACUGGCGUUUUCAAAUAUGUGCAGGUACAUGCAAUAGCUCCAGAUGGAACCCGGAAGGUGAUCGUUCGAGCAGCGCCUGGCUCCUUCCAUGCAGACGUCGCAGAACCACUUUGCGAGGAACUGCGGGAAAAAGGAUUGCGCUAUGAGAUCCCUGGUGGUGGACGAAUUCGGAGGGAUGACGACAACAAAGAGAUCGAGAUCUAUGGCCACAGCAAGGGCUUUGGAAUGCCAGACCAUUCUGUCUCAGCUGCAAUUUGCCGCGGCCACUUUCCUGGCUACAAGGUAACCCACCGCAAUACUGGCUAUUGAGAAAAGACUCAGAAUGCAAGAGAAAUACUCAAA